CCAAACUAGCUGCGGAAAUAUGGAAGCAGAUGUCUGAUGCGGAAAGAGCGCCAUUUGUGGACAAGACCAAUGAAAGAAAAGCCCGCAUUAAAAAGCAAAUUCCGAAGGAAAAAAAGAAAAAUGCUUCGCCGGUAUUUCGCAGUCGGUGCUCGCCGUUGAAGUUGGUGAAAGUAAAUGAGGCAUUGACCAAAGCCCAACAAGAUGCUGUUCAAAGAGUGGGUUUUGGUUCAAUGCUUCAAUUGAAGUGUACAAUGUUGAACCGUGAUUUUAUAAGUCGGUUAGUUAAGCAUUUCAACCCUGUCACCAAGAGCUUGGAGUUUGGGAGGGUCAAGGUUUAUACAAUCACGCCUGAUGAUGUUCGAAGGGCGCUAGGGCUAUUUUGUGGAACGAUACCAGUUCCGACGGACACUCAAGACCCCCACUUUGAACACAUUACGAAGAUGUUUGGGAAAAACAAUAAACCGUUGAAGAGAGGAGUCACAUUUGCGAUGAUGCAACAAGUAUUCAAUAAAAAGAAAGUUGAUGUGAAGUUCCAAACGUCGUACGUGCUGUUUGUGCUUUCUUGUUUCUUGUGUCCAACCACGAAGGAUGUGGCCGCCACAAAAUUUUACCCGGCAGUGCACAAUAUAUUGCAAACUCCUACAUAUGCAUGAGCAGAAUUUGUGCUUGAUUGGUUGGUGAAUGAAAUUGCGAAGUACAAGAAGAGAUGU